UCACCGUCCAACCCGGGCAGACGACAGAAGAGACAGCGUCACAUCCGCUUCAACGUUUUCGAUGUCACCGUUGUAGAAUGAUGGAGCACUGAACGGCCCCGUGGACGCCUGCAGGAAGCGCUGUCUCUCUGGAGCAUCGGCGGCUUCUGGACGGACCACACCGAUGAAGCCGCGAGCCGACUGAGACUCGUGCAGAAGAACCACAUCCAGCGGGUCCAGUCUGGCAGAUGGCUGCUGUUGUCCGGUCAGACUGUCAGUUCGGGUGAAUGAUGUCUGACAUAAGGCGGGUCCCGCACCCAUAACUCCAGGACAGGGGCCAGGAAAACUCCCACAAACUCCACACAGGCAGGACGUGGGUCAGCUCAAACUAGAGGAAACCUGCAGCCGUCUUUCACAAACUGCUACUCCACAGUGCUGCCAUGGGUCGACCUGAAUGGACACUGACACAUUCUCCAGUGGUGACUCUCCUAAUCUGCUCAGAUUAAGCUGGUGUGGUCAUGUGACCGCUGUCUCUCCAGAAGAAGGAUCUUGACUGUUGUCACUCGGAUCAGGGUCCGGUCCAGAUGGUUGCGCACCAGACAUCUAGGACGAAUGAGCGCAGUUGGACGGAGACCACCUGUGAGCAAUGACCCUCCUCAUGAUGUCUGGCACCAGCACCUGACCCAGGGAGUACAGCACUCACACGCAGAACCAUGCUGAUCAAAGAGUACCGCAUCCCCAUGCCCAUGAGCGUGGACGAAUACCGGAUCGCUCAGCUCUACAUGAUCCAGAAGAAGAGUCGGGAGGAAAGCUGCGGUGAGGGCAGCGGUGUGGAGAUCCUGGAGAACAAACCUUACCAGGAUGGGCCCGGGGGUUCGGGGCAGUACACGCACAAGGUCUACCAUAUUGGGAAGCACAUCCCGUCCUGGUUCUGUGCCAUCCUGCCUCAGGCGGCGCUGCGUGUGGAGGAGGAGUCGUGGAAUGCAUACCCGUACACCCGGACCCGGUACACGUGUCCAUUUGUGGAGAAAUUCUCCAUCGACAUCGAGACGUUCUACAAGUCCGACAGUGGCCAGCAGGAGGAUGUGUUCCAUCUCUCGCCCGCUGAGAGGAGGCAGAGGACCAUAGACCCGAUAGACAUCGUGAAGGACUACAUCGCGCCUCACGAAUACCUGGUGGAAGAAGACCCUAAACUGUACCAGUCGCUCAAAACUGGACGUGGUCCGCUGUCAGAGGACUGGGUCCAGAAGAUCAACCAGACACCGGGUCAGAGUGCGGUCAUGUGUGCCUACAAGCUCUGCAAAGUUGAGUUCCGGUACUGGGGCAUGCAGUCCAAAAUCGAGCGCUUCAUCCAUGACGUGGGUCUCCGUAAGGUCAUGGUCAGGGCUCACCGUCAGGCCUGGUGCUGGCAGGAUGAGUGGUACGGUCUGACAAUUGAGGACAUCCGGCGUCUGGAGCUGGAAACACAGCUUGCGUUGGCCCAGAAAAUGGCCCAGUACAGUCUCAGCGAGGAGCCUGAGGCUGACGUUCACGGAUCUGAUCGGGGACAGGAAGCCCAGCCCGCAGAUGUGAUCGAGUGUGGGGUAGGUGGGAAUGGCCAAGGAUCCCCAGAGAGCCGAGGGGAGCUGACCAAGCAGUGGUCCACCUCGUCCCGCUCCUCCAACCGCUCCUCUAGGAGAGGAGCAGGAAGUCCCGCCCACCAGAACAUCUCAGAGUGGAGGAUGCAGAGCAUCGCGCGGGAAUCAGACGAGAGCACGGACGAUGAGUUCUUUGACGCUCAUGAAGAUUUCACCGAAAACCAGGAACUAUUGGUCAAAGAAAUCAGCAAGUGGAGCUCCAACGACCUGAUGGACAAGAUCCAGGCAAUGGACCUGGACGAGCCAGACGAGCUAUCAUACCAGGAAGUGGGCGGAGACUCUACGGCAGAGAUCAAGGAGAUGAAGGGGGCCCAGACAAGUCCACAGACCUCCAAGAUCCAUCUGCUGGUUCUGGUCCUGCACGGAGGGAACAUCCUUGACUACGGCUCAGGUGAACCGAACAGCAAGCAAGGCGAUGUCAACACCCUGACAGCAGCAUUCCAGACGGUGAUGAGGGUACAUUACCCUGCUGCUGACGGCCGUGUGGCCAUUCGGACGGUCCCAUGUCCGGCUGUCUGCACGGACGCCUUCUCGCUGGUCUCCAACCUCAGCCCACACGGGUACGACCGGACACGCCUGUUCAGCAGUCAGGAUCACAUCCCACUCGCAGCUCUGCCACUGCUUGCCACAUCGGCGCCGCAGUACCAGGAUGCCGUGGCCACCGUCAUCCUGCGUGCCAACCAGGUGUUUCACGACUUCAUCAAGUCAUUGGAGGGAGAGGCCUUCUCCGGCCAGGUGUGUCUGGUGGGCGACUGUGUCGGGGGGAUUCUGGGCUUCGAUGUCCUCUGCAGCAGCUCCGCGUGUGAGACUCCAAACAGCAGCAGACGAGGGAGCAGCAUCAGUGCACAGGACUCGGACCUGCUGUCUCCGGGCCUGCUGCCUGCUGGUGUGUCUCCCACUCUGGAGGGAAGUCGUCACCUCAGCCGCAGCAACAUCGACAUACCUCAGUCGUCCGACGACCAGAAGAAGCAACUUCCACGCAAACGCAGCGACUCAUCAACCUACGAGCUGGACACCAUCAAGCAGCACCAGGCCUUCCUUUCCAGUCUCCACUCCAGCGUGCUACAUGGAGAGUCGCGGCGCUCCAGCAACAGCACUAUGCUGGACGGAGGCUCGCUGGGAAAGUUGGACUUUGAGGUGACAGACUUCUUCCUCUUCGGGAGUCCUCUGGGGCUGGUCCUGGCCCUGAGGAAGACGGUGGUGCCCUGGCUGGAUGUGUCUGCACUGCGUCCGGCAUGUCGGCAGCUCUACAACCUCUUCCAUCCGGCCGACCCCUCAGCUUCCCGCCUGGAGCCACUGCUAGACCGCCGUUUCCACCUGCUGCCUCCCUUCAGCGUGCCCCGAUACCAAAGCUUCCCCCUUGGAGAUGGACACUCCCCCCUGCUUGUGGAGACAGUGCAGACCAACUCUCAGCUGCUGACGGAAGUUUCGCCGCAGUUGGCGCCAGAUGCAAGUCGGACCAUACCGGUCUUGAACUGCCCGACUUCCUCGAUGCAGAGUGAUGCUGAUUCUCCACACAUCUGCGUUGACGGAUCACCCUUCCCCUCCCGCUGCCCUUCCCCCGCCACACCAGGACUCCCUCACCUGCACUGCAGCCGCCGGGUGAGCGAGGCCAGCACGGCAAGCCAGGUGUCCGGGUCAGCUGAUGCGAAGCUGACCUCCAACAUCGCCACCACACUGAGACCGCGCCCCCGGCCGAGCCUGCUCUCCCACCUGCCGCUCACAUACAGGCGCUUUGCCUCUAGUAGCACAUCACCACGGCUCAGUAAGAAGCUCCGGCAGGUUUUCCCGAGGCGAGCUGGGUCCGAAUCUCUGAGCUCUGACCCCAGCUCCGACCUGACCUCGGACUUAACAGGGGUGACCCCCGACCUCACCGACAUUUCCUCCAAUAUCACCGACUUCAGUUCUCCGCCUCCGUCGCCCGGUUUGCUGAGGAACUUGGAGCAAGUCGCUUCUCGCUGGUGGGGCAGUAAGAGGCUGGAUUACGCCCUCUACUGUCCGGAUGCUCUCACAGCGUUCCCCACUGUCGCCCUCCCGCACCUUUUCCAUGCCUCCUACUGGGAGUCUUCUGAUGUGGUCUCCUUCCUGCUGCGACAAGUGAUGCGGCACGAGACCACCGGUGUGCUGGAGCUGGACGGGAAGGAAGUGGCGGAAUUCACACCGUCCAAACCUCGAGAGAAGUGGCUCCGCAAACGCACGCAUGUCAAGAUCCGGAACGUGGCGGCGAAUCAUCGCGGGAACGACGGCGUGUUCUUGGAGGACGGCGCUCAGACUGUCACGGGGCGCUUCAUGUACGGCCCGCUGGACAUGGUGACGCUGACGGGCGAGAAGGUGGACGUCCACAUCAUGACCCGGCCGCCCUCUGGAGACUGGGUCCACUUCAGCACCGAGCUGACCAACAGCAGCGGCAGAGUGUCUGUCCUCCUUCCAGAGAGCCGCCGCCUCUCCGUUGGUGUGUAUCCGGUCAAGAUGGUGGUCAGAGGAGACCACACGUCUGCCGACAGCUAUCUGACCGUGGUCCCCCGAGGAACUGAGUUUGUGGUGUUCAGCAUCGAUGGCUCAUUUGCGGCCAGCGUGUCAAUCAUGGGCAGCGAUCCCAAAGUCCGGGCCGGAGCAGUGGACGUGGUCCGGUUCUGGCAGGACCUGGGCUACUUGAUCGUGUACGUGACGGGCCGACCCGACAUGCAGAAGCAGCGUGUGGUGGCCUGGCUCUCACAGCACAACUUCCCUCACGGUGUCGUCUCGUUUUGUGACGGUCUGGUCCAUGACCCGCUACGCCACAAAGCCAACUUCCUCAAGAGUCUCAUCUUGGAGGCUCACAUGAAAAUCUUCGCUGCGUACGGCUCCACCAAAGACAUCUCUGUGUACUCCUCUGUGGGUCUGCCGCCGAGCCACAUCUACAUCGUGGGUCGACCCAGCAAGAAGAUGCAGCACCAGUGCCAGUUCAUCUCAGAUGGUUAUGCCUCGCAUCUAUCUCAGCUGGAGUACCACCAGAGGUCCGGACCCACCAAGUCCACCGGCAACCGCAUGGUCCUGCGGAAGAGCAGCUUUGGCCUCGGAGCCACGGGAGGAGACUUCCUCCGUAAACGUAGCCACAUCUUCCGGUCCAUGUCCUCCCAGCAGCCCUCGUCCCCUGGGCAGCCGGGCCGAGCCGAGCGCACCCUCAGCCAGUGUGAAGUGGAGCGGGAGCGCGGCCCAACUGGAACGCAGAGGAGCAUGAGCAUCGCAGCGGGAUGCUGGGGCCGGACUGGCAGCACCAAGGAGGGCAGCGGAGGCCCAAAGUGACAGCUGUGAUGGCAGAGGCUGGCUCUGACCUGAGUCCAACGUAGCAUGACUUUUGUGGGCUCGUCUUGGGCUGGCGUGUCCAUUCGCAGCCGGACCAAAGCCUUAAUAUCUCCACAGACCCUCAUGAGCUCAGGAGCAACAGAACCAGAGUCGGCCGUUCUCUGGGCCAGUUCACCUUGGUUCUGACAGCGACCCUGAGAUUGGAACCCUGCUUGUUUUAAAGACCGUCAUGUGUCACACAAACUCCAUCACAAAAACAUAACAAAGGAGCACUCUUUUCCUCUGAUGUUGAGGCCCAUUUGUCCGAUCGAUGUCCAGGUUCUGACGUGGUUGUGUUGUACAUCACAUCAGUAGGGAGAGGCCCUGGGUCACACCGGGUGCUGAAGAUGUCACUCACAAAGCUCUUGUUUACUGUUGGUCAGGUCCAGCCGUACGCUUCUCAGAAGGUCUGGUCCGGUCCAGUCCUGUUACUCCUUCAGUCUGUAGCAAUGAUCCCUUUAGAGCCUCGCGCUUGCAACACCUGGCUGAUGAUGGUGCCUCACACCUCCAACUCACUUGUCCCCAACCACCCAUCUGUAGAACCCAUGUGGUUCGGACCCAAAUGUGUACAUUCUGAAUGUAAAUAGCGACAGGAAUGUGAUCAUGUGACACUGCAGUCCCGGAGAGCCAGGUGUGUGUGUGCUGACAAGAAACUGCAUGAAUGAUCAGAACCAGCCUGGUGCGUCACAUUAAAGCUAAUUCAAGGUCUUCGCCUGUGUGUGUGAGUCCAGAGCCACCUACUGGACCGGCUGAGGAGGAACAUGUGACCACACCCAAGUGAAGCUCCAGAAACAGAAGUAAUGU